GGCGGUGACGCGAUCUGGGGUGAGAGGUCGCAGCCCUGGCGCUCCGCGGAGCUCCUCUGUUCCCACAACAGAGCGUUUCUCACGGGAAAAAAACGACCUAAAAAGACCUAACAUUCGCCGCUAGACCCAAACAGAUGCUCGAUAGCUCCUGCGAGAUCACAUUCAGACGCUUCCGAGAAUGCUCGCUACAGGAGCGGCCGUUACCACGGCGCUGGCGCAGGUGGACCGGGAGAAGAUCUAUCAGUGGAUCAACGAGCUGUCUAGCCCGGAGACGCGAGAAAAUGCAUUGCUCGAGCUCAGCAAGAAGCGAGAGUCGGUAACCGACUUGGCUCCGAUGCUCUGGCACUCGUGUGGUACUAUAGCGGCGCUCCUUCAGGAAAUAGUGAACAUCUACCCUUCCAUUAACCCACCCACGCUGACAGCACACCAGUCCAACAGAGUGUGUAACGCCUUAGCCCUUCUGCAGUGUGUAGCGUCGCACGUAGAGACACGCUCAGCUUUCCUGGCUGCCCACAUCCCCUUGUUCCUCUACCCCUUUCUUCACACUGUCAGUAAAACAAGACCCUUUGAGUAUCUUCGCCUCACCAGCCUUGGGGUCAUUGGAGCAUUGGUGAAGACAGACGAGCAGGAAGUGAUCAACUUUCUGCUGACGACAGAGAUCAUCCCAUUAUGCCUUCGGAUCAUGGAGUCAGGCAGUGAGCUGUCCAAGACGGUUGCGACGUUUAUCCUGCAGAAGAUCCUGCUGGAUGACACGGGCCUGGCCUACAUCUGCCAGACCUAUGAACGCUUUUCACACGUGGCCAUGAUCCUGGGGAAGAUGGUACUACAGCUGUCCAAAGAGCCCUCAGCACGACUGUUGAAACACGUCGUACGCUGUUACCUGCGUCUCUCUGAUAACUCCAGAGCGAGAGAAGCACUGCGUCAGUGUCUUCCCGACCAGCUGAAGGACACGACCUUUGCCCAGGUACUGAAGGACGACACCACCACCAAGCGCUGGCUAGCUCAGCUAGUCAAGAACCUGCAGGAGGGACAGGUUACAGACCCCCGUGGCAUCCCUCUGCCCUCCCAAUAACAGGCAGGCAGGCAGACAGACAGACAGACAGACAGACACAGAAACACAGAAACGCAGAACUAGUCCAAUAAAGGAACCUGGUUUAUAGGCCACAACAUCUCAUGCUGUAGUCCCUUACACACCCACAGAGGAUUAAUAUUGUAAACAAGGGGCACUUGUAGCUUAUUUUUUUCUAAGACUUAAAGCAGCUCACCUGUUUCACCUGUCACUGAAGCAGCCUCCCCUGGACAUUUCAUCAGAGCUUGGGUUUUACAUGACAUGCCAGCAACCAACAUACUUGCUUUUGUUGUUGUUUUUUUUGUGUUUUUUCUUUUUUUGCCCACCUCCCCUUUAGUGAGUUAUUGGACUGAUCUUCCUCUUGCUGUGUAUCUUUGACCCUACAGACACACAGAGCUUACAGAAAUGUUUAAAUACUGUAAAAUAAACUUGUCACUGUGUUGAGCAUUCUUAAGCUUUUCGUGGUGGGGCCAAGGUAGGAUUUGGUGAGUGUGAACGUGGGUUUUGUAAAAUAUUUUGGAUGCUGGUGUUACUUUAUUGCUGUAUUUUAAUAAGUAAGUCAUAAAGGAGGUGUGAAAAUAUGAAACAUGAGUGGAGCUUUUGUUUCUGGAAUAUGCCGUUGCUGUUAGUAACACAAAUGAAAACUUCACAAUGGUGGAUGUUUUUAUCAUAUUUGUGUGAGUUGGUUAUUCUGAGUUUUCAGUAAUAAUGCAAUAAACCUUCAAAUGUCAGUUAAUGACUUGUAAAA